AUGAAUGCUUUGCUGAUUCAAGAUGUAUUGGAUGAGGAAAUCAAAUUAGCGGCCUUUCAACAUGGUUCACUGAAAGCUCCUGGACCGGAUGGCUUCCCAGGUGUUCAUGAUGGGCGCCUAUUUGGUUUGAAAAUUCGAAGGGGUUGUCCUACUUUGUCACAUUUGUUCUUCGCGGAUGAUGCGGUGAUUUUUGUCAAGGCCAACCAAGCGGAGUGUUUGGAGAUAGGUAAAUUGUUACAAAUCUAUGGCCAAGCAACAAGGCAGUCCAUUAAUUUUGAUAAGUCGGGUGUGCAGUUCUCAGGCAAUGUCUCACGCUUGCGCUGGCUGGAGGUUUGUGGUUUCCUUGGCAUUCUGCAGAUGCAAGCCAAUGCUAAAUACUUGGGCCUACCGUCGUGCUGGGGACGUUCAAAAGCUGAAGCUUACAAUUUCUUGUGUGAGAAAGUUUUGUCCAAAUUGCAAGGGUGGAAAGCAAAUGGAAAGGUGAUCCAGAAGGGCGCGAUAUUCAUUGGGCUAGCUGGAAUAAACUCUGUUUGUCAAAACGUAAUGGAGGCUUGGGUUUUCGGGAUUUUCGGGCCUUCAACCGCGCUCUCCUCCUCGUCAAGGCUGGAGAUUAACUCAUGGAUUCCCUCUAAUCCGAGCUUUCGCGUUCAGUCCGAAAGACCUAGAGGGGUUUUGGUGCAAAAGGUGCAUGAGGUUAUUGAUUCUUCCCGCAAGUUGUGGAAUGAAAGUCAGCUUAGAAGCCUAGUAUCUGGAGUUGAUUGUGAUGAUAUUCUCUCUAUUCCAGUCUCUGUUACGGAUAAAGAUGAUACCCUUCUUUGGCAUCAUGAUUCAAAGGGCUGUUAUACGAUUAAGUCGGGGUACCGUGAAGCCGUGAAACAAGCGCACUUGAACCUCUCUUCUCGCCGGUGUGCAGUUUCGGCUUGCUACCCUGUGUGUUUCUCAGCUUCGGAAUCUAUUGAGCACCUUUUGUUUGACUGUGAAUGGUCCAGACGAGUUUGGUUUGGGUGUGAUCUUGGCCUUAGAUGCAACAAUCGGGACAGGUUUUCGGCUCGAGAACGGUUUGGAAAAUGUUUUGAGACUCUGGGUACUUCUGCAUGGGGAAAAUCGGUGUUAUGCUCUAUGGUGUGGGUUGCUUGGACAAUUUGGAAAGGAAGAAAUGAUCAUCUGUUUAACCACCACCAGGUUGACCCCUCAGGGGUGAUCGCGAAAGCAAAGCGAGAUGAAGCGGAAUUUUUGGCCUCAUGUCUAGCGACCCUUACUCCGCAGAUUGGAGCAUCGGGGAUGAAUAGCGGCUGCUCUUCCUGGUUUCCUCCUCCUCGCGGCUUAUGGAAAUUUAAUUGUGAUGCUGCUGUGGAUUUGAAGCACGGUAUGGGCACAGUUGUUGUCCUUCUUCGCGACCAUACAGGCCAACUGGUGGAUGGUAUGGUGAGGACGACUCGAUUGCGGUUUGUUGUCCAGUGUGAAUUACUAGCAAUUCGGCAUGCUUGUCUCAUGGCAGAUGCUCUUAAUCUCACUACCGCGGAAAUUGAAAGUGAUUGUAAAUCAGUUAUUCAGUUGUGUGUGUCUGAAGGGGUCCCUCCCUGGGAGCUUCUAGCCUUAAUUUGUGAUGUUCGGUCAUUGGCCUCGCACAGGUCACUUGUUUUUAGAUGGUGCCCUCGACAGGCCAAUAGGGCAGCCCACUGGGUAGCUUCGGCGUUUUUUAGAAAUUCCUUACCCCUGAAUUGGGUUACCCAACCACCUAUGGGUCUUAUUAGGUGUUUAUUUCCCACUUCUAUAUAA